CACGAGCUGUUGUAGCGGGAGAAAAAAUUCCAAAAUCUGCGCAACUUUUAUCAAAAUGAAAAUGUAUCACGCUCGAAAAUGUGAUUUUACUUGCGUCGUGAAAUCUUAUCGAUCGAGAAUGUGCAGAAAAUGGCGACACGGUCGGAUUGCGUUAGCGAGUGUCCUCUGACGUGACUUGGUGUACUAAGGUUAGAUUCUUGUGUGUGGUUUACAGGUAACAGCCGGGUGUACGUUGCGUACAAAGACACAAAAGGAACCGAGAGACGGAGGUGUCUCGCCUACUCGUUCGACGCAAAUGCUCGCAAUUCCCGACGAAUCUGCCAUCAACUUUUUUUUUCGUCAGAUACCGCUGUGCUCGUUGCUUCGAAAUUUUGGUUAGAAUUGAGUUUUUUUCGAAAACGCGACGCGUGCAUGUCGCCACCUAUCGCAUAUGCCUGUAUAAUAGAUACGACGGGAAGUUACGGCGAAAGUGAUUGGCGUUCGCAGGCAUCUCGGUUGAAUUGGAUAAUCGGGGGAAAUCGAUCGCGUGCGUCCUGUAACGCGCAUUAAAAGCGAGAUCGGCUGUGUUUUGAGUGAUCAUCGAGUCGUCGAGUGUGAAAAGGACGCGGCGCGACGACGAUUUGGCCAUUUUCGGUAGAGUAGCUGGUCGACGAGCGGCCGACAUGGCGGAUCACCGAUGAGCCAAUCGCGGAGCCGCUCUCUCGGGCAGCUCCGCCAUUCAACGACGACGACUCCGUUCGUCGCGCAGCUAGUGACCCCCCUCUGGCGUAGUUCGCGUCAUUCGCCGUCGCCGAUCUCGCUAUCGAAUUUGGCGAGGAUUUUUUUCGCGGUACGCGGUGCGGCGAACGAGAAACUGUGCACGGGCGUGCUGACGAGCAGUGAGCGCGGCAGCGUGUAUACGACCGAGAUUUGCGUCGCGCCGCGGCGAUUGUUUUUGGUCACGUGACCGCGCGGAACGACGGUGUGCCGUGAGAAAUGGCGCAAAGAUCAGAGUGCAUCAGACAUCAUGGAUGGAUCCAGUUCGUUGCCGCGGGGAUGUCACUUGUGUUUGUUUACAAGCGCGCGGACACGCGCGCCACGUGUUGAGUGAGCAGGCAAGACACGGAGCGGAGAGAGGAGAGGAGAGAAGAAACGAAAAAGAGGAGGAGGUGAUAAGCGGAAGGUAGACAAUCAGGCGUGUAAAUCCAAACGGCGAUUCCUCGGAACACGGCGAGGCCCGUUUCCAAAAAGAAGACUGUUAACCGCCUGAGCGACUAUCGCAACGAUCACGGUAACGAGCGAGUAACAAUGACGGGUAGAGGUUCGAAGAGGCGAGGGCGUCCGCCCAAGUCCGUGGUGAUGGAGCGUCCAAAGAAAUUUCAGUAUCAUCUAAUGAAAAAGCCUAAGUAUUUGCAGAACCGAACUGCGACGGGGACACUCGUCGGCGGCACCGAGACGCCGGGCUCGCAGCCGAGCACGCCGACAGCAUCGCGGCCGACGUCACCGUCGGUCGAGAGCGAGGAGAGCAGCAAGCGCAGCACUAGGAAUCAACGAAACAAAUCGCGGGGUGCGCGCGACAGGCACUCCCGCAAGGGCGGUCAUUCCGGACCCGGGGGAGGCGCCUAUCAGCGUCGCGGCUACAAUCCCAAUGUGGACUAUCACGAUUCCGAGUACCAUUAUGGCUCAGAUUUUGGCGACGAGUCGAGCGAGAAGAGCGAGGUGGAGGAGGAUCCCAUUCAGAGUGAUGUGGAUACCUCUGAGAGUAUAGAGGAACCGGAUCCUUCGAGCGACAGCGACUUUUCACUUUCCAGUUAUAGUACCACCAGUGGCACACCCAGGAAAAUGUUGCUCGGUCAGCAGCGGCCGCCAAGUCCUGAACCGUUAUGGCUACAGAGCAGAGAAUUGCCAUCGUUAGUAUUACCCAAGUCUUCAGACGACUUGUUGGUUCCUAAGGAGCUGGUUAUGCCCUCGCUUUCUGUCUAUGAGGUGCUCAGGCACUUUCGUAGCUUGGUACGCCUCUCAUCCUUCAGAUUCGAGGACUUUUGCGCCGCUCUCAUGUGCGAAGAUCAGACAAACUUGUUGGCGGAGAUCCACAUCAUGCUGAUUAAGGCACUACUGAGAGAGGAGGACUCGCAGCAGACGCAUUUCGGUCCGUUGGACCAGAAGGACUCGGUGAACGUUAGCCUGUAUUUCGUGGACUCUAUGACAUGGCCUGAAGUGUUACGUUCUUACGUAGAAAGCGACAAGGGCUAUGAUCAAAAUAUUUUACAGAUAUUAGCCACAACUGAAUAUCCUUUUACUGCCAUUGAGGAUAGAAUCAAGGUUCUACAAUUUUUAACAGAUCAGUUUCUUAUUACGAAUCCUGUGAGGGAGGACUUGUUGCAUGAAGGAAAUAUGCAUUAUGACGAUCACUGCAGAGUAUGCCAUCGGCUAGGAGACUUGUUGUGUUGUGAGACUUGUCCAGCUGUAUUUCAUUUGGAAUGUGUGGAACCGCCGUUGGUUGAUGUUCCUACUGAAGAUUGGCAAUGUAGCACGUGUAAAGCUCACAAAGUAACUGGUGUCGUAGAUUGUAUUCCCGACGUGGAGAAGAAUGGAUCGCUGUGCAGACAAGAGCACUUGGGAUUUGACAGACACGGCAGAAAGUACUGGUUUCUGGCGAGAAGGGUUUUCGUUGAAAACGAAGAUGGUGAAGUGUGGUAUUACAGUACGCCGUUGCAGCUAGAAGAACUAAUGCUUGCCUUAGAUCAGAACGAAAUGGAAGUAGCGCUUUAUCGCGAAUUGUCAGAUUACAAAGACGAAAUAGUCCGUCAAAUGGAGCUCACGGAAUCUAUCACUAAUCAAUUCAAGGGAAACAAGAAAUCGUACUUGGAAGUAGAAAACAGCCUUAUUCAAAAGGUACAAAAGGAACGACAGGAGAAGCAGGAGAAGGAAGAGGAAGAAAAGAAGGAGAAGCAGAGGCAGGAGGCGGAGGAGAUGAUACGCAGAAUGCACGAGGGCACAGACUCUCUCGAAGAACGUAUGGCGGUUACGACGGAGGGUGAAGCUAAAAUAUCCAGCGAGGAGUCAACUCCGGCUAUGCAGGUGCCCGAGGUGGUCGGCGAAACCGUUGAGGUCGACGCCGACGCCUCGUUGACUGCUAUGGAUAAAAACACGAAAACCAGCGCUUCUACAUCAUCGUCCGAGGACGUUGACGAAGAGACGUUGGAAGAAGAGGAGAAAAUUGGCAAGGACGGCAAGAAACAUACCAUCGUGACGAGAUCGAAAACCGGCUCGCUCCAACCGCGGACCUUCAACAUGGACGACCUGAAGAGGCGCAGCACGGCGCCGCUGUCGAAGGAGGAGCUGGAGAAGCUGGACAAGAGUCUGAAGGACACCGAGGGCGACGGCACCAGACUAACGCGUCAGAAAGCGCAUCAAAUCGCGUCCGGCACGCACUUGUUCAAGCUCGGCAUGGAUAACAACUUCAAGUCGUACGUGAAUCAGUACAGCACGAAUCCCGUCGCGCUGAACAAGACGCAGCGGAACGAGGAGCGCGACAAGAAGCGCCACUUGUCGCACAAGUUCUCGCUCACGCAGGUGUCGGAGUUCAAGUGGGUGGGCAGUCUAACGGGCACCCGCGCCCUGCUGGUCAGCACGCUGCGCCAGACGAUUCUGCAGCUGGAGAGCAACAUCCAGGCGCCGUUCAUGCACACGAACUGGCCGCUGCUGCGGAAGCCGUGGACCACGGCGGUGGGCGCCUGCGUGAACCCGCGCGACUUCGCGCGCACUCUCAUCGUUCUGCAGGCGUGCAUCAAGUCCGUGGUGUUCGCCAGCGUGUGGCACGAUCAGCUCGGCCACGUGAAGCUGCAGCGGGUGACCGCGCUCGAGCGCGAGGAGAAGAAGCGGCAGGACAAGAAGGAGAAGAAGGAGAAGGAGGACGAGGAGGAGCGCAAUCGGCUCUUCAACUUCGUCAAGUACACCCUCGGUCUGAAGCAUCAGGUGUGGAAGCAGAAGGGCGAGGAGUACCGGGUGCACGGCCAGGGUGGCUGGCUCUGGGUGUCGGCUAGCCGCCGCUACCGAUUCUCGGAGAUGGCGAAGCUGGGCCUGCGCGCCGGUCCGCAGAAAAUCAUGGUGCAGAUCAGGGAUCAGGGUGGUCUGAAGAUCCUCGCGGUCGAUCCGCCCACUUACGAGUUCCUCGUUAAGGAAUACUGCGUGGACAAAACGGAGAACGGCAUCGUGAAGCAGGAAGUGAAGGAGGAGAACGCGGAGAACGACGCGAUUAAGCAGGAGUGCAAAGUGGAGAAUGUGAAGAAGGAGACUGCGGCCGACGGCGAGGCAACUGGCGUCGAUUCUUCCUCGUCGGCAAAAUCAGAGUCCCAGACUGUCAAACAGGAAACGAAAAUGAAUCUGUCAUUUUUAGCCGGCAUGAAAAUUGAGAAAGUUUUCACACCGAUUACUGAAUUUGAAGAGAUCGACAUCACCAAGGCGUUAAUCACUCCUGGAAGAUUGCAUUAUCCUAAAAUUGCAAAGAAGACAAGAAUCGAUGAUUUUCUGGCACGCAGGACACAUUUGAAGCUGUUGGAAGAAAGAAGAUUGCUGCAGUCUGAGAAGUUGAAAGAACCGGCGAGUCAGACGGCAAAUCAAAAAGGUGGCGAUGGAGAUUCCUCGGAGAUGGACAUCGAGAAUCACGAAGAGAAUGAUGCAGAUGGGAAUGGCGCUGUCGGCGGCGGCGGAGACGGCUCUCUGCAGGCUCUGCUGUCGUCGUCCGUCGGCAAGCAGCAGCAAGCGUGCAAAACGGGAACUGUGUCCGCGUCGACGAAGGAAAUGUUGGUGUCAGUCGGCAAACGUAUCCAGCAGACGCGGAAGCAGUACGCGGAUCUUCUCAAGUUCUGCAAGAACGGUGGCUGUUACUCGCGCUACUGUAACGCGACCAACGUCGGCAACAAGAACAACAUCGUGCACAUCGUCGCCGCGCAGACCUCCGAAACCUGCUACUCGCCGCUGUGCAUGAAGAAAAUGCGCCUGAAGCGCGAGCUCAUCGUGCUGAUGCGUAAAGCGAACGCGCUCAACAACCACCAGUCCUUCUCCGUCUCGUCUUCGCCGCAGGCGAGCGUGAAAACCGAGGUCCUGGACGAGUCGAAGGACGCGAUCAGGCGGGACUUGGAAUCGGCAGUGGCGUCGGCGACCCACUGCAACGAGGAGGCGACGGCGACGAACGUGACCAAGUCGAAGGACACCGCUGCCUCCUCGCCACCCGCGAAGAAGAUCAAGCUCGAGAACGAGAAGACGGAGACGAGCGCGGACGUGACGACCGUGACGACGAGCAACGUCGUCACGACGACGACGACAAUCACGACGACUCAGCAGACGGUACAGAGCGCGGCGGGUGGCGCGGCGCAGGGACACUCCACCGUUAAUCGCAAUUCCGUGACCGUCUCGUCGUCGUCCGAAGUCACGACCACGACGACGAACAAGAGCGGCGCGAAGACGGUGAUGAUUGUGAACCGUAGAGGAAGAACGGUGCAGCGUAGCGCGGUCACCAAAGAGCUGCACGCCGACGGCAGCGAGCGUAUUUACACGGCGACGUCGACGGAGGGCAAGGUGUAUCUGAAGAAGGUCGCCAUCUCGCUGGCGGAUCGCAGAAAGAAACGCACGCCGGUCAAGUAUCCUCUCUGCUCGACCUUCUGCACGAAGAACAAGCACCGCAGCAUAUUGGUGCUGCCGCAACACGAGCUGAGGAAGCUGUCUCGCGUCGGCGGCAAGAUACCCGUGCAGGGAUUCCAUCAUCAGGCCAAGGCGAAUCUCUCGGUGUGGCCGUAUCCGUGUCCGCGGCCUCUGUUCAAAACGUGCUGGUUGUACAGAACUGUCGGCCUAAAAUCACUGGCCGCGGCGGCGAUUCAGCUUAGAAUACUCUGGGGAUGUCUAAGGUGGGACGACAUGGCGGCCAAGCCGAUGUCCACCGAUGGCAAGAAUCAGAUCACCACCGACACCGAGAUCAUGUCGCUGGAGAUACUGAAGCACCGCCAUGUCGGGCAGUUCCUCGACAGAACGCAGUACUUGCGCAGGAAGGUCGUUAUACCUCUCGAGCUUCCGAAACAAGUCAGAGAGGUGACGUCCAUAAGAAGCGGUUUGAGGAAACGAAAGCGUCCGGAAUCUCCGCAGAGCACCGAGCCACAGGUGACCGAAGAAUGGGUCGACGAGGACAAGCUGGAGCUCUGGGAGAUCAAGCAAUACGGAGACAGGUUAGAGAAGGCUAAUGCCCAGAUUAUUACUAGGAGUCGUUCAGGAGUGCCGCAGUCGGUGGUUGUUAGCGGCAACAAAACCGGCGCCGCCAGCGGCACGGCCGGUCUGGCUGGCGAGCAGCUCGUGAUCGGCAAAGCGACACCGGAAGAGAUCAAGGAGAAGAUGGAGCAGCAGCUGCGCAUGCAGCGAGCGGCCCAUCAGCAGAAGCGUGCCCUGGAAACUCUCAAGAGCCAGCCGGCGAACUCGACGUCGCCCGCCACGCAACUCGUCAAAGUCACAGCUAAUUCCUCUCACGACGGCACAGUUAAAUUAGUUUCGAAGGUCGCGAUUCCGGCAAAUCCGAAUAGCACCAAGUCGCAACUGACGUCUCUCUUGACGACGCCCACGCAGAACAAGACUUUCCUUGGUACACGGCGAAUUUACAUGACGAAAUCAGCCGACGGAACCACUAAAGUAGUGACCGGUCCUACCAGCAUCUUGCCGAAGACGUCGCAACCCCAAGCGGUGAAUCAGCAAUCUCUGAUCAGAGUCACGCAAGCAGGCACCAACACGCCUGUGCAAGUGCAGCAAAGAGUGCAAAUUCUCAGAGGGCCGGACGGAAAGUUGCAGGUCCGCGGCUUGUUGCCCGGCCAGCAGUUGGUUCAGAUGCCCGACGGGAAGCUGCACGUGCUGAACGUAAGCCAAACAGUGGGCACUCCGCUUGCGCAAUGCGUGCAAUCGAAUUCGACGACGUCUACGGUCACUUCGCAGACGAAGACUGCGACCACUGCUAGCCCGGCCAAAGCGGCGACUUCCGAGAGUGCGACUGCGACUAAAACCAACACGAGUCCUAAAGUGAAUUCGACGGCGCAACAGGCGCAAUCGCCGCAGGUCGUUCAGCGCGUGAAAGCCACGACUGUGACUCUGGCCGCGGCCACGCCGACCCAAGCGACGAAGAACACGAUCGUGGUUGCCAACACGGGACAGGCAGCACAGGUAAUAUCUUCGGGCGCACAAGUGAUAAGCGGCAAUCAGAUAGUCGUCACGAAUGCAAAUUUGGCGCAACAAUUGGCGACGGGCAAGGCGCAAUUGACAACGAUUGGAGGCCAUCAAGUGGUGAUACGUAGCACACCCACUGGAAAUCAAAUUGUGCAGCUGAAUUCGACGAACAGCGGUAUAAUUGUGAAGGGCACCGUCGCCACCAGCAAGCCGCAGCAGGUGUUGCAAGCUACGCAAACCACGACGAUUGCGGCCGCUGGCACGAACGCGACGACCACCACGGCGACCACCUCCACCGCGUCGACGGUGACGACCAGUCAGAGCCCCGCUGUGGCGCCCGCCCCCGGCAGCAUCGAAGCUUCCUUGCUGGCGGGACAACCGCCCGGCACGGUGAUUAAGUGCGUCACGGCGCAGGUGAUUCAGACGACCGAAGGUCCGCGAAUUGUGCUGCAAGGUCUCCAAGGCGCGGAUUUCACGGCGCAACAGUUGAGCAUGGUGCAGGCGCAGGUGAAGCAGCAGCUUCUCAAAGCGCAUGCGACGACCGGCAAGCAAGGCGUGUUGGGUCCCACGAAAAUUUAUUUAGCCGUUCAACCGGCACAGCCGUCUAACAAUCAGCAGCAGCAGCAGCAGCAGCAGCCUCAGCCUCAGCCUCAGGCUCAGGCUCAGACUCAGACUUCGCAGGCUUCGUCGACAGCGAGCACUCCUGUCGCGUCGACUCCGAAGCAGCAACAAUCCACAGUUUCUCCACCGCCUGCUGCUGAACCACAAGGAGCCACCGAAAGCAUUCCAGAACUUCCACAAACAGUAACAGCAAAAUCAGCGGAGAAGCCGAAAGUGGUCGUUCAGCACGUGGGACGCGUCGCGAAUGCGACCGAGGAUGACAGCCAGAAGGCAAAUAUAGCCAACGGCCAGCAACCUUCGUCACAGCCUCUGCAAGAGGAAAGCGACUCGGCGCCGAAUAAAUUUGUAUUAACGCCGGACUACAUUCAACAAACAAUUAAAAUUGCCUUGAAACAAGAAAACCUCAAUCCGGAGAUAGAAGAGAAGUUGUUGCAGUUGCAACGUUACCAAGAGAAGCAGAUGAAAGGCGGCGUAGAGAACUCGAUGACCAGCAAUCAAACGCACCACAACUCGCCCGUGGUGACGACGCCGCGUCCGCCAUCGCGCAAACGACCGGCACCAACGUCGAACAUUCCAACGGCGGCGGCGAUGACGACGCCGACAAGCGUACAAGCGUCUGGUGGCAGCGAAGAUAAAGAUGACAAAGAUUGGAUAGAAACGCCUAGAAAGAGACCUGCGCUGAAGCAAGAAAAUCGCGAAACGACCCCAAAAGUACAAAAGCUAUCAGAAACAUUAGAUAAUGAGACAUCGCCCAACAAGAAUCGAUCUGCAAAAUUAAAAGACAGUCAAGAGCAACGAAGAAAGCAACAAGUUCACUCACGGAUGCAGGUUUUAUUGUUCCGGCAUAAAGAGCUUCUUAAAAAAGAUAUUCUUAAGAAGAGAGCCUUGCUCGAGAAAGAACUUCAAAUUGAUAUACAGAAGGACUUGUCAGCGGAACUUGCCACGAGGACGAAAGCAGAGAGACACAAGCAGGACGAGGUGAAGGUAGGCAGCGCCAAGCGAAAGGCCAAUGCGCAAGCGACGCAACAGGUUAGCCCAUCCCGCAGUGGUGGCGGCAGCAGGCCGAAGAAGCACAAAGCUCAAGGAAACAGCGCGACACCACCGAGCGGCUCGGCAGCAGCUGCGACUCGUAUGAAGAAAGAGAAGCUGUACUGCUUGUGCAGAACUCCCUACGAUGAGACUAAAUUUUAUGUGGGAUGCGACUUAUGCAACAAUUGGUUCCACGGUGACUGCGUGGGCAUCACGGAAGAAAUGAGCAAGUCUUUGUCAGAAUUUGUUUGUACUGAAUGCAGACAUGCAAGAGAUACGCAGGAACUGUACUGUUUGUGCAAACAGCCUUACGAUGAAUCUCAGUUUUACAUAUGCUGUGACAAAUGCCAAGAUUGGUUUCACGGUCGAUGCGUUGGCAUUCUUCAAUCGGAGGCCGACAACAUCGACGAAUACGUCUGUCCAAAUUGCCAGCGAAAUUCUUCUGUCAACUUCGCCAAUAUGAAAAACCUCAACGCGAAGGAUCUCGAUCUGCUGAAAAAAUUAAUCAAGCAGAUACAGGGUCAUAAAAGCGCAUGGCCGUUCAUGGAACCAGUGGAUCCCAACGAAGCGCCAGAUUAUUACAAAGUAAUAAAAGAACCAAUGGACUUGCAGACCAUCGAAUUGAGGAUAAACGAUCGGUCCUACAAGAAAUUGAGCGAGUUUAUCGGCGACAUGACAAAGAUAUUCGACAAUUGUCGCUAUUACAACCCGAAGGAGUCGCCGUUCUUCAAGUGCGCAGAGUCUCUGGAGACGUAUUUCGUCCACAAAAUCAAGAGUCUGAGGGAGAAGUUUUCCGAGGGGAAGUAAAUCAAUCAAAAAACACCGAUGUAGCCGUAUGUCAAAUCGAAUUGAAUCGAAGUGGUAGUGCAGUAAAAAUUUAUUUAAAGCAGUGUGUUUCUCACGGAAAAAAAACGGAGAACAAUUUGUGCCAGUAUACAUAGGAAAAAAAAAUUGAAACUCUCAGAGUAGACUUAAGUGUGUAAAAGUAGAGAACGCACCGGUCUCCGCUAUUUAUUAUAAUUGUGUGAACAUUCUCCUCUUAUAAAAUCACCCCCCCUUUUCCCUUUGCAAUUUGCGAAUUCUAAGUUCCGCAUUGAGUGCUGUACGCAGUGUGAAUUUUGGACCAGAACUUAUAGCUCAUGCUGUGCCGCCGUUGUUAGUUUUAUUCGUAACGAUGGACUUUUGCUGUCUAUUGCUAAGUGAAAAAAAAAGAGAAAAGCCAUAUAGUACGAUUAACAUUUAUUUUUUUAAUAAUUAUAUGAAAUAUAAUUAUAUAAGAUAAUCUUUCUUUAGUUUUUCACCGGAAAUCUCUAUCAUUUUUUAUUUCCCACGUGUGGAAACAUACAGGAUUUGAUAAAUAGUGAGAUCCGCUUUAUCAUCUAUUUGUACUCUCCGCGAUAUUUUAAAUACUCUCUAUACAAUUUCCCCCUCGAAUAAAUGCAAAUAAUAUACAGUUGAAGAAGAUGAUGCAUACACAAAAAUGUGUACACAAGGUCACAAGUAUUCAUGUACAUUGUGUAAACGUAUUAAAAUUGCAUCUAAAGCGGAUCUUACGAAAUAUGGAUUCAAUCUGGAAUUAUUUUUUUGUAUUUUUUAUAAAAAAAAAAAAGAUAGGGAAAAAACAUUAUAAAGAGGAAUGAUAUAAGUUUGUAAUAUAUUGCGCCCAUUUUAUGUAAGAAAUAUUUAAAUCGGUCUUUAUUGAUUUUACAGAUUUAUCUCACUUUUGCGAAUAAUGAAAACAUUGCGUAAGAUUCAGUUUAGUAUGCAUCUAAAGUAGAUUGUAUUAGAUUAUUUAUCUUUAAUAUAGAACUUUAUUGAUAUGAACAAAUCUACCACGCAGAUGUGUAUCGUGUGAAAUGCGUGAGUCUCGUAAAGCCGCCGAUGCGAAGAAACGAAUGAUUGGUAUAUGAAAUUAAUAUUAUAUACUAAUCUAAAGUCGAUCGAGGAAGAACGCAAGCUCUCGAGUGCGUAAACUUCCCGAUUCCAAAUCUCAAUUGGAGGACUCGAUCCGUACACGCUGAUAUUUCGUCUACGAAAAAAAAAUCGCAAUAGAUUAGUUUGAUUUACGUUUUUACACUGAACUCACAGUUAACUCUGUAUAUAUAUGCAAAACACAAACAUACUUCAAACAGAAUUUCGUGCGCGAACGCCCACGUUCGUUUUGAAUUCGCGCAAUAGUUGUAAGUUGUGGUUCAGAAUUUGUGCGAUAUUCAUCACGUUAUGCUAUUAUUUAUGAUUGUACAUAUAAUGCGCGACCACGUUUUCUCGAAAGUGAACUCUCGGUGCACGAUACAAAAAGGAAAACGAGAAACGGUUGACCAUCCGAGGAACAUAUUUGAGACUCCAAGAAAAAUGCUACUACCACUACUACUUUAUGGUAUACCUGAUAAGAAAAAAAGGGGAAAGAAUAACAUUUCUGUCACUAUAUAGCUGUAAGAUUAUUUUUUAGAAUUACACGCAUAAUAAAUUGUACAAAUUCGUUUAUCGUCUCAUGCUCACACAGGUUAGCGAUUACGAUUCUAUUUACUUAUGCGUUGUUUUAAUCACAUAAAUAAAUUUUCUAUGAAAUUGUUUAUAAUUGAUGACUCACAUUUAGACGCUUAGAUUGUAAGAAACAAAGCAGAAGAGAUCUGCUAUGUAUAUAUACACAACAUACACGACUACAACAGAGAAAGGAGAUUUAUCUGGAAGAGAAAAUUGUAGAUUUUUUUGAUUUCUAAGCAAGGAGAAAAUAAAAAACGAAUGAAAAGUA